AUGUUGAUCUCGCGCUUUCUCUGCCUGAUGGCUGCGCCGCUGGUGGCCCGGGCUGCAGACACCUCAUCACACCGGGUCACCUCAGUUUUUAUUGACACUGUCUCGGGGUACGACGAGCUGUCGACCUGUGCCGAGGAAGUCCUGUCGACGAUCGUACGAGCGCAGUACAGUGGUUGCGGGGACAAAGGCGCGGUGACAAGCUACACAUGUUUCUGCACGGAUUCGAGCUCAGAGAUGAGCUCGAUGAUCACAAAUGCUGUCUCACUGUCUUGCGACUCUUCUGUUGUCUCCGCCCAGGCUUCAAGUGCGAUUGACGUGUUCGAUGCGUACUGUGCUAUCGGCGUCCCAGAUGAUCUAGUGGAGACGACGACGACGGGUGGUACGUAUCAUUUGAUAGGAGCCAGAGCUGCAGAAUGUAAGAGGUCUUGUACUGACCCCAGGAAUGACAGCUUCCACAGCAAGCGCAACAGGAACUGCAACGCCAGCGGCCACGGCGUCGACAACUGCGGCAUCGGCGACUUCAGCGACUUCGGCCACCGCUUCUUCUUCUUCAACUUCAACGUCCACGCCCAGCACGUCAACGAGCCACUCGAAGGUCCUGGCCUCCUCUGGUGCCGCCGCCGCCGCCGACAUUUGCAGCAGAGAUCCGAGAAGCGACAGCAGUUGGAGUCGACGUCUCAGGCGACGGGUAUGGGCAGUUCGAGGCCCGAGUUCAAAUGGCCGACCCGGAUCGCAGGCACGCAGGAGCUGCCGACGCAGUAUCACAGCCACGAGAUGCCGGCCCAGGAAUUUAUCACCUCACCCACCAGCUCGGACUUCCAUAUAUCGCCAUUACCAGUCACGCCGGCCUAUCAACAACAACAGUCUGUUUAUCAGGUUCAGUCAGAGAAGCACCCACAUCAACAUCAUGAGUAUUACAAGCCGUCUAAAGAGGCUCACCAACAGCAGGAACCGCAAGAAUUGCCCGCGUCGUCAGAGCUGUCAAUCGAGAACCGGCACGAGCUGGAAGGGAGCCUCAGCCCCCAAACACCAAGCGCUCGCUUCUCGUAUCAGCCGUACGAAAAGUGA